GCCAGCGGCUGACUCCCGCACGGGGUCGCACGGGCGCCAUCUUGCUUAUGCCCAUCCAGGUAGUGCUGAAUCUGUGCGGGGCGGCAGCGGCUGGGCUGGAAUCUAGUGCGCGUCUGAAGGGCUUUGGAUUGGAGAUGCGGAGAGAAAGGGCCGUUUCUAGGAAGUGACGGACGGCGCUGGGAGGACUGGUCAGAGGAAGUUUGCUCGGUAGUGGUAGUGCCGUGCUGCCAAACGAAACUUUUUCCCCCCUCGCGCCUGCUGCCGCACCGUGAACAGGGACGGACGGAUCCAGCGGCGGAGGAGGCUGUGCUCUCCUGGCCACACUAGGAAUAACUUGGAGUGGGAAGAGAGAGAAAGAGAGAGGGAAAAAGGGUCGCUGAGGAAUUUCAUUCCUCCAACCAAGCCCCCUUGUUUUUCUUCUCCUCUUCCCCGCUGAUUUUCCCUGUCCUCCCCCCGGGCUCUGAGAUGGGGAGAGAGCAGGAGCUGCUGGACGCGGCUCGCACCGGGAACCAGGCGGCGGUGGAGAAGCUGCUGUCCGGGAAGAGGCAGUCGGCCGGCGGCUCGGGGACCGGCGGGGGCUCCGCCGGCGGCCACGGAGCCUCCUCCCACCCGCUCUCCAGCCUGCUCAGUAUCUGGAGAGGUCCCAAUGUGAAUUGUGUGGACAGCACUGGAUACACGCCCCUGCACCACGCCGCCCUGAACGGACACAGUGACGUGGUGGAGAUGCUACUACGGAACGAGGCCUUGACCAACAUCGCAGACAACAAGGGCUGCUACCCCCUCCAUCUGGCCGCGUGGAAGGGGGACGAGCGCAUCGUAAAGCUCCUCAUCCACCAAGGACCUUCACACCCCAAACUCAACGAGCAGAGCUCUGUAGACGAUAAAGAGUUCAAACGCUGCGGGCCCUUUGACCCCUAUAUUAAUGCCAAGAACAACGACAACGAGACGCCGCUGCACUGCGCCGCCCAGUACGGCCACUCCCAGGUGGUGCGGCUGCUGCUGGAGGAGCUGACGGACCCCACCAUGAGGAACAACAAGUUCGAGACGCCGCUGGACCUGGCGGCGCUGUACGGCCGCCUGGAGGUGGUCAAGCUGCUGCUCUGCGCCCACCCCAACCUCCUCAACUGCAACAUGAAGAAGCACACGCCGCUGCAUCUGGCCUCCCGGAACGGACACCUGUCCGCCGUGGAGGUGCUGCUGGACGCCGGCAUGGACAUCAACUACGAGACGGAGAAAGGCAGCGCCCUCCACGAAGCAGCGCUUUUCGGGAAGACGGAUGUGGUCCAGAGGCUGCUCAGUGCAGGUAUCGAUGUGAACAUCGUGGACCAGAAGGGCCUGUCGGCGCUGGACACCGUCAAGGACAUGCCCUCGCAGAAGAGCAGGGAGAUCGCUGCUCUCAUUCUUGGUCACAUGACUGGAAAACCCCCCGACAUCGAGCUCCCCCCUCCACCGGUCCCUCCACCGAAGGAGAGUCCCAGUCCCAGGAAGAAGGGUGACUUGGAGAAAGUGAGCGAGCUCAUCUCGGGGCUGGCCCCGGGGCCCGAGGAGGAGAGCCCAUACGAGGCCCUCUACGAAGCCACCUCCUGCCACUCUUUGGACAGCGUCACCAGCGGAAAGUCCUCGGACCGGGACUCGGGACGGCCCGACAGCGAAGUCGGCAAGAAAGAUCGGCUCGUCCACUCGUCACACCCUUGUCAUGAAGAGGAGAUGAGCUCCGAGGCCUUGUACACUAACAGCAGUAUAGAGGAGAGGGGGGAGCCUGCGGAGGAAGAGGAGGAUCACACGUAUGAGUUGUUGCUGACCGCACAGACCAAAGUCCCCCCGCCCAGCCAGGAGCCCCAUAAAGAUGAGAAUACUACUGCACAGUCUUCCAACAGUCUUCUACCUCAGCGUAAAGCCGCCGCCCCCCCCAACGACCUCAGAGGUUCUGGCAGGACGAAAGACAGUCUGCACCCUCCUGCACGCCCGGGCCCGCGAGCAUCGGGAGACAACCUCCAUCCCGGCCCGGAUCAGGGAGCAGGUGUCCCGGAGCAGUUCACCGGACUACUGCACGGCUCCUCGCCGGUCACAGACAGCCGCGAGGACGCCUUCAGGCUCCCGGGCGCCGCGCCACCCGACCAGGGCCAGCCGGAACCCAGGAAACCUGCCAAAGUGAAAGAGAAGGCGCCGGCCGCUUCGCCGCCGCCGCCGAGCCGGCCCAGCAUGGCCGCCAUCCUGACAGACUGUGAUCCAAAAGCAAUUUAUGCAACUGUGAACAAGGAGCCCAGGGACUUGGGGGCGGGCCGGCUGCGUCCUCCUGGGGACCUGAAGCUGGCUCGCAGCCUGUCCAAGUCCGACUCGGACCUGCUGGUGUCGCCUCCCAGUGAGGAGGAAGGAGGACUCGGGAACCGGAGUGAGUCUGUUUCUAACUGUAGCACGGGCAAGAAGAGGCUGGAGAAGUCUCCCUCCUUCACGUCGGAAUGGGACGAGCAGACACAAACGGCCGCUCCCACCUCAAAACAAGGAAGAUCCAACCCUUUUGACAGUAUCGAGAAGAUCAUGACUCUGAUCGGUGCUGGCAUUGACUUUUCCAGAGAUCAGCAGUAUGCGACACCAGCAGGUGCCGCCGGCCGGCUCCUGGACCAGUCGGUGGGGGACUGGCUGGAGCACGUGGGGCUGCCGCAGUACGAGAGUAAGCUGCUCCUCAACGGCUUUGACGACCUGCACUACAUGGGCAGCAACGUAAUGGAGGACCAGGACCUGAGAGAGAUUGGGAUCACUGACCCGAGUCACCGCAAGAAGAUCCUGCACGCAGCGCGCUCGCUGCCAAAGGUGAAAGCGCUGGGCUGCGACGGCAGCAGCUCGCUGUCGUCCUGGCUGGAGAACCUGGGCCUGCAUGAGUACUUGCACAACUUCUUGGCCAGUGGCUACCGCACUCUGGACUGCGUCAAAAACCUGUGGGAGCUGGAGAUCGUCAAUGUGCUAAAAAUUACCUUGCUUGGUCACAGGAAACGCAUCAUUGCCUCAUUAGCGGAGAGACCCUACGAGGAGCCUCCAGUAAAACCUCCUCGCUUGUCUCAGAUCAGGUACCACGACCUGCCCGGGUCCCAGUCCUCGUCCCCCCUCAGCCAGAUGGAGUCGUACACCGGCCGCUCCAUGGACCCCCUGGUGCCCACGGCAGAGCCAGGCAGGAAGAAAGCCCCAGACACCGACUACGACGUCUCCCAGAGAUACCGCAGUGAGCGGCACAAGCCUCACGAGCAUCAUGAGGACUGGCAUCGAGAGCCCCGCUUGACUCUGCGGCCGCCAAGUCUAGCAGCACCGUAUGCCCCGGUCCAGAACUGGCAUCACCAGCCCGAAAAACUCAUCUUUGAAUCCUGUGCCUACGAAUCGAAUUACCUGGGGUCGAUGCUCAUCAAGGACCUGAGGGGUACCGAGUCCACACAAGAUGCUUGUUCCAAAAUGCGGAGGUCGACUGAACAAAUGAGAAAAGUCCCCACCAUCGUGCUCUCCAUCACUUACAAGGGCGUGAAGUUCAUCGAUGCAGCCAACAAGAACAUCAUUGCAGAGCACGAGAUUCGGAACAUAUCGUGUGCAGCCCAGGACCCGGAGGACUUGUGCACGUUUGCCUACAUCACAAAGGACCUGAAGACCAGCCACCAUUACUGCCAUGUGUUCAGCACGGUGGACGUGAACCUGACCUACGAGAUCAUCCUGACGCUGGGCCAGGCGUUCGAGGUGGCCUACCAGCUGGCACUGCAGGCCCAGAGGACAAAGCAGCACCAGAACCUCCCCCUGGGAUCAGAGGUCAUCGAGACCAAGUCCAGCCGGCCCGUGCCCAAACCCCGCGGGAGCGUCCGGAAGUCGGGGGGGGACGGUGUGGACCAGGAGGGGGAGUCCCAGUCCCAGGGCAGCGCCACGUGGCUCGUGGACCCCAAGGAGUCCAAGCGCACCAUCAGCACUAACUGAACACUAUGGCUGCUCCCCGUCAGUGAGGCGGGACAGGAAUGAGCCCUGCUGCAUGGUGGGUGGGAUGUGUUUUUAUUUUUCUUCUUCUUCUGUUUGACGGGCGGGAGGGCGGGGGGAAUAGGGGGGCCGGUCCCGGGUUCCAUGCAGCAGAUCACAGCUCCAGUCGGCUCCUGCUCACCUCUGGGACGGAGAAGACGCUGCACUCCCCCCCAUCAGUCGAUCGACCUCUCUGCACACGGACGCACCUCCAUCCACCCUCCCGCCCGACGGCCCCGCGAGACGCCGACGCCGGCCUCGCUGGCGUCUACUCUCUGAGGAAAUGUAGCUGCAGGUUUCAAUGCAGCACUCGUGACGAAAGGGGAAGUGGCAGAAAUCAGGAACAUGAACUGCAUUCUGUUGUUUUGUUGUUGACACCUCACACUGUAGGCGUUCACUCUCGUCCGUCACCAACCCUCGGAGCUUCUCUCAAUGACCAUCAUCCCGCAUCGGAGGAACUCUAACCAAACUAAACACUACAAAGACUCUUUAAUCCCAAUGUUUUUAUUUGAUUUGAAUGUUGCUGUUGUUCUUUUUUGUAAUAUAUCUGAUUUUAUUAUUUUAUGGGGCAUUGUGUGUCCCGAUGCUGGAACUGGAUGAGCAGUGGAUCACUGCAGGUCCCGUCCUCCUGUCCCUGCAACCUUGUUUUUACGUUAAGCUUGACAAGAUUAUUCAUCGGACCUGCCAUGCAGGCUGGUACGACUUUAGACUUCUACGCUGCAAGCAGAACAGUAGGGCACUGCAUGUUCCUCUAGCCAACUCCCAGUGUGUCGGUUGUUCACGGUACUGUCUGGCCCAGCCGAGCGUAUCUGGGUACUUUAACCGGGUCGUUAUGAUUUAACUGUUGUGUAUGUGGUACGUGGUGCCGCCGGUGUGAAAACGCACGGCGCGCCAGUGUCGACACCCUCGGACAUCCAACUAGUCCUGUUCUGUUUUUGCACAUUGUCAAGGAUCAGGAGGCGUGUCGGAACUAAUCUGAUGACUAUAAUGAGAAUAAUAUUGUAUAUGAUUUUAGCAGGGCCGUAUUUUGAUACUUGAAUGACUUUUUGUUUUUAUAGAUAUCUAUAUAUAUAUAUAUAAAUAUAUAUAUAUAUAUAUUUAUAUAUAUAUGUAUGUAUGUACUAUGUAAUUUUUGACGUUUGUCAAAAGAGAGAAAAGGACUAUCUUAUGAAAUUAAACAUAUCGUGAACAAAUACCCUGUGAUUUUUCAAGAAAAAAAGGUUAAUACAUUGACUCAGUUAGAGGGACCUCACUUCAGAGAAAAGAUUGUAAAUAAUCUUGGGCUUCCAGUCUUUUUUUAUGAUUAUUUUUCAUAAUUGUACAACUAAUAAAUGUUGCAGUUAGAGUCCCUGCCCCUGUUGAA